AUGAUCCCCCUGGCCGCGCUUAUUAUCCUCAUCGUCGUCGUCACAGUCAGCAGCUUAACGUUCCUAAUUGCAAUCUACAGCUCCGUCUCGUCAUGCCUCGAAUCCCCAAAAAUCAAAGCCACGGCCCAGGAAAAAGAAAUGACUCUCCCUUUGACAGAAACCGUCGCGCUACCAGCAACAAUCUCGACGUCCUCGCUUCUUCCUCUUCCAGUCCUCAUCCCGCCAGUCUGCUCAGAAGCACCCGAAGCAGAAUUCCCACCCCCUCUACCAGAUGAAUUAGUCGAUGAUGACGAUGUUGUCGAGGCUGAAAGUCCACCACCUCUCCCUCGUCCCGAUAGGGACAGUAUGCACGAGAUCCUUGAUCUGUAUACGAACGAAGCUCGGAAUCUACCUCCAGGGCCCAAAUCCGCGCCUGCGAGGUUCGUCACUUUUGACCAGGCAGAGUCAAAAUGA